AGUCCAAUUCCCCGAAUUUAUAAUCCCUAACCGUCUGCCGAGCUCUGCUCUGGUGUCGAGCUCUACCGCUGUCUUCUUUCCAUACUUCUUAUCCUCUCUUCUUUCAAUCAAAGAAUUCCAUCGCCAAUCUCACCGUAAUCCCCACACCGAGAAACUCCUGCUUCGGAAAUGGUGUGGGAUGAAUGGUACAACUUCUUCGACGAAGAAGAAGAAGCAGCAGCAGCAGAAGAAGAAUCCGACCGAUACUCCAAUGUCAACUUCGAUUUCUUCUCCGUUUCUUCAAAGCCUAAGGAUUAUUACAAAAUAUUAGAGGUGGAUUAUGACGCUUCCGAUGAAGCGAUUCGCUCCAACUACAUCCGUCUUGCUUUGAAAUGGCAUCCGGAUAAGCAGAAGGAUGGGGAUUGCGCCACUUCAAAGUUUCAGGAAAUAAACGAAGCUUAUCAAGUUUUAAGCGAUCCUGUAAAACGCCGCGAGUAUGACAAGAAAGGAAUUGUGUUUUCGUACGACAGCAACCUGAUGGACUACCUUAACUGCUACAAGGGCCUCAUUCUAACAUGCAAUGGUCUUGGCAUGAAAUGUUCUAUAUGGUGAGUUAUAUACCCGCACCAGUUUGUGUUUAGUAUGAAUGAUGUCUGAAGCAUAUUGUGGCUUAACAUCCAUUCGAUUCCAUUUGGUCGGGCCUCUAAUCUACCAAGUAAUAUAUAUUGAAUGAUAUGAUUUAGUCUAGUUGUAAAUUUAAUUUUGAGCUACUGCCAGCCCUUUCUAGUGUUAUGAUAAAUGGUGAAUAUUACUAUAAAAAUAAUUAAUAUAACUUAUGUUGUAUAAGGUCUGGAUCUGAUUUUGCACAUUUAUUAAAUGUUUCUUCUCAAAAUUAUCUAAUUAA